UGGAGCCACUGCCCUCGGCUCGCAGGGUCCCUGCACUGCAGGCUGCAUCCAGCUGUGCAGCCCUACUGCAAGCUAAGCGCCCUGAGCCCGCUGCUCUCCCCACCUCCUCACCCCCUGUUCUCCCCACUGCCGGGUGUGCGCCGUUUCUGUUCUUCAUUUCUGGGAAACCAUGGACAAGAAGCAAGAUUCCAAGGGAUCCCUGGAGCCACACAAACCGGUGAAGGGCAAGAAGAAGCUGAGGAUAACAUGUCCUCCCAUCAAGCAGCCCCCUGUCAACACCACGCCGCCAAGGAACUUGGACUCCAGAACCUUCAUCACCAUUGGAGACAAAAACUUUGAGGUGGAAGCUGAUGACCUGGUGACUAUUUCAGAGCUGGGCCGGGGGGCCUAUGGAGUGGUGGAGAAAGUGAGGCACGCUCAGAGUGGCACCAUCAUGGCUGUGAAGAGGAUUCGUGCCACAGUGAACACUCAGGAGCAGAAGAGACUGUUGAUGGACUUGGAUAUCUCCAUGAGGACAGUUGACUGCUUCUACACUGUCACUUUCUACGGAGCCCUAUUCCGAGAGGGUGAUGUGUGGAUCUGCAUGGAGCUCAUGGAUACUUCCUUGGAUAAAUUCUACAAGAAAGUACUGGAGAAGAAGAAAACCAUCCCUGAAGACAUUCUGGGAAAAAUGGCCGUGUCUAUUGUACGAGCUCUGGAGCAUCUGCACAGUAAACUGUCCGUAAUCCACAGAGAUGUGAAACCUUCCAACGUGCUCAUCAACAAGGAGGGACACGUGAAAAUGUGUGACUUUGGGAUCAGUGGCUACUUGGUGGACUCGGUGGCGAAGACAAUGGAUGCUGGCUGCAAACCAUACAUGGCUCCAGAAAGAAUAAAUCCUGAGCUGAACCAGAAGGGCUACAAUGUGAAGUCGGAUGUCUGGAGUCUGGGGAUCACAAUGAUCGAGUUGGCCAUCCUCCGCUUCCCCUACGAGUCCUGGGGCACCCCGUUCCAGCAGCUCAAGCAGGUGGUGGAGGAACCCUCACCCCAGCUGCCUGCUGAGCGCUUCUCCAAGGAGUUUGUGGACUUCACGGCACAGUGUUUAAGGAAGAACCCCGCUGAGCGAAUGAACUAUUUAGAACUUAUGGAGCACCCCUUCUUCACCCUACAUGACACCAAAGAGACUGACAUGGCCUCCUUCGUGACAGAGAUCCUCGGGGAUGACUCUUAACUGGAGCCCCACUGUUCCGUGCAGUCCCCGCAGCGGAGCAGAUGCGGACUUGAAUUCGUGAUGGUUUGCACAAAUUGUGUUCCUCAGCCCACGGACAGCUCUGGGCACAGCCCCAUCGCAGCCUCUUUUCUCUUUGCCUGAAAUCUUCAAGGAAGAGCCUUGGAAGCCAAUACCUUCACCCCUUCAAAUGCUGGGGGCACGGGGUGGGGAUGGUGCCCAACCUUGGCACGGUCUGUGGGGAACUUCUGCCUUUCUUCCCCUUUGCUGCCUGGGGCUGGCAAAGAGAAAAUGCUGCUGUGCUUCUUCCCCCUCCUUAUCUGUCCCCAGCCCCUCCCCCAGCAUUUCACCUGGUUCUCUGCCUCAUGUUCCUGAGCAGCACUUCAGGAGGCUGCAGGGCUCCAUGGAUACACUGCUGUCCCCGCACAAAGCCAUCUUGAUGACAGCUGGGUGACCCUUCAGCACAGCCCCAGGCCUGACACCCCCUUCACUGCGUGAUCUACUGCUCCCCUGCAGAGGAAUAAAAGCGUAUUUCCCCCCAGUUCACCCCACCACGAGCAGCAGCCCUCCCUCUCUUGCUUCCUUCAUGGACCUUCUCCUCUGUGCUCACCCUGGGGCUGCAUGACACUGGAAGAGGUGAGGAUGGCUGAGCAUCUACCACCACUCCUCAUCCUGCAGGAGGAUGCUGCCCCAGCUCUCCAUCCUCUUCCCCCUUUGGGGCUCAUGUAAGACCUCACACUGUGACCCCAUCACUGCCUCCAGCUGUGGCCCCAGCCGCCAUCUCAGCCCCAACACCCCACAGCCCAGUGCAGGGGCUGCUGCCAGUUGUACAUUUUGUGUCUAUAUAUAAUGGACUUUGUAACAUGUUUCUGGGUUUUACUGCACUUGCUAUAAAUUAAAGCCCUUCUGUGUGGGUGGGAGGAGGGAGGAGCGCUUCCUUCUCCCCUAAAGCAUCUGCUGUGAGCCCCGCUGUGUUCCAUCCACGUGUGGGACUGCAGACUGAAGGCACCGCUGUGGGUUUUUUAUUUUUAAUAGAUUGAGUUUUCAGAGGGAUUUUUUUUUCCUUUUCUAAUAUAUUUGUGUGUGUGUGCGUGCUAUAUAUAUAUUAUAUAUUUUUAAAUCAGUGAUGAUGGUGUGAAUGUCUAUGUGAGCAGCAGUUCUGCUGCCGUGACCAGCAGUUUUCUGGCUAGAUUUGGGGUAGUGGCUGAGGCUUUAGAAGACAGACUGCCCUGAGAUUAUUUCUUUUUUUUUAAGAAGAAAUGCAUCUAUUUUUUAAUCAAAUCUUAAAAAACAAAACAAAAAAAAACCAACAUACUUUUCCUGAGCUUCCUGCCCUGGAGGUGUGGAUGUGAGGGUGCAUUCCUGUUAUUUAGGGUCCUCCCCUUGCUGAAGCACAGCGUUCAGCUGACCCCAUUGCCCUGCACCUUUGUUAUGGAGCCAGGCUGGGCUGUGCCUGGGGGCAUGGUACAGCUCCCAGGAGGAGAGCUUAGGGUAGCUCAGGGUGACUUUCCCCUCUGUCUCACCCUGUCUGCUCAGUGCAUGAGCCCAUAGGAAACAGCACAGAUGGACACAGCACAGUGAGCAAACCCUCACUGACCUUUAACCCUUAUCCCACCUCCUUGUGCUCUCCACAUCCUCCCUUCAGUCCCACUCCCCAAAACAUCCCGUGCUCCCUGAAAUUGCACAUCACCAGCCUGGUAGGACAGCUUGGCAGCUGAGGUGCUCACUUGUAUGCUUUUCCAUAGUUGGUCGCUUUGGAUUCCUUUCGAUUUGCUGUUAAGCUUUUGUUUUUCCUCUUUCUCCUUGCUUCUCCUGGAGAAAGUCCUGACUUAGCUCAGAGAGCACCUUCCCUUUCUCAUACUAGGUGAUAUAGUGGUGAGGGGUGGUUGGGACCCAGGGAUGGGGCUUUGCUGCUCAGUUGGGUCCUGACUGCCCUGUGUGCUGAAGUGGGUCCUGCUGCUUGUGCCCUCCUGCCAUGCACAGGGAUGAUAGAUCUGGUGCCCACCAGCUUGGUCUUAGGGUGGGAGAGAAUAUUAGGAAAAGUUUCUUCUCUGACAGAAUGGUGGUGUGUUGGAACUGCUACCCAGGGAGUGGUGGGGUCACCAUCCCUGGAGGUGUUCCAGAAGAACGGAGAUGUGGCACUGAGGGAUGUGGUUUGGUGUCAUGGUGGGGUUGGUUUGUGAAUCUGAGAGGUCUUCUCCAACAUGAAUGACUCUGCGGUUCUGAUGCAGCCGAGUCCCUCCAGCCCUGUACUGAGCACAGUCUGUACCCAUGAACCCCUCCUUGUUUUCAAUAAAAUUCACCCCGAAGCA